ACGUGCUACCUGCAUGCGCGCGCGCCUCUCCACAGUCCGAAUCAAUCUCGAGCUACGAAUAAUCGUUCCAUACGGAAGAAGUGUCCCUUGCGCCGGCUGGUCCGACUAACCAUGACAUGCAUGAUGCGUUGAAGCCCCGGAGAAGCUUCGCGCUCCAGGCUCAGGCGUCCAUUUGGGUGUUUGUAUUUUCCGUCGAACACCAUUAGCGUUUCGGAGUCGCCGCUUAGAGUUUAGUUCAUGAAAAUGCGGACGUGACCUGCAUGGCGUCCAUUUGGGUGUUUGUAUUUUCCGUCGAACGCCAUUAGAGUUUCGGAGUCGCCGCUUAGAGUUUAGCUCAUGAAAAUGUGGACGUGACGCGUGCAUGGCUGGACGCUAAAGCAUCCCCAACAGCCGCCCCAAAAGACGUGCGCGGUACGUUUUCGCGCACUUCAGCGGAGGCGGGAAAUUAGAGCGCGCGGGAAACGAUUGCGCGUGCGGGGAAAAAUGCGGCAGCUCGCGUUAGAUUUAGCGCACCGCGUCCGGCGCGUCUAUAAAAUUGAAGCGCCCUCUGCCGCUCUCUCGUCGCUUCCUCUACCGCUUUCUCACCUCGCCGCCGACACGCCACCAUGCCGCCUCGCCGCCGGGGAGCUUCGGGCUACCGCGGCGUCCGCGUGCGUCCGUCCGGCACAAACUCCGCCGAGAUUCGGCCGGGCGGCGUGCGCCUCGGCCUCGGAACCUUCGACACCGCCCAGGAUGGCGCCCGCGCAUACGACGCUGCGGCGUGGCGCCUCCGGCGGUCCCGUUGGGACAUGAACUUCACGGACGUGGCGAAGCGGGAGCGGGCACAGGAGUUGGCGCCUCCCCUGCGGCUUAUCACCGACGAGGAUCAUCGCAAGAACCGGAGACGGGAGCGCCGUCUCAGCCUGGCCGAGAUGGACAAGGAAGCCAUGGAUCUGUGGCGCCAACGCUUCCCGCAAGACAUCAUCAACGAUGAACAGUUCAUAGCCGAGAGGAGGACGGAGAGGAAGGAGAGGAGGGAGGAGCGAGCCGCCUAUCGCGAGGACAAGCGAACGCGGAAGGAGAUGCGUCGUCCUGGGACUCCAGCGACGAGCGGUUUCUUGACGCCUACGCUCAGACGUCGGAGGAGGACAUCACCGAGGCAGAGUCCGAGUCGAAGAAUGAUGAGUAGUAGUAGUUUUUCGUUUUUUUAUCUAUCAUAGGAGAAGACUAUGAACUAUCUAUGCACUAUUUUGUAUCAUAGAAGCAGGCCAUGUGACGAACUAUCUCACAUUUGUACUAUCGAAACCAAAUGUGUAUCAAAUCAUAGUUCACAUAAUAGGCGUCAAGAAAAAAAAAGAAAUAUAGCACGCCUGCUGGAGCGGCUCGGACUCGCUUUAUUUUGCGGCGGCUGCUGGAGCAAGGGCACCGCCGCGCGCAAAAAUUGGCUGACCCGACGCUGUAUACUGAUUUUUAACGCCUCGCGCGUUGGCGGCGGCCGCUGGAGAUGCUUAACUGGAGUUCCGGAUAACUGUUAGUACGCUUUAGUUACCAGCACAACCGGGCUCGUGUGGUUGUGAAGUGACGCCUCCCUGUAGUCACAGAUGUCCAUGUCGCUGCGGAAUAUCGGGGAUAAACUCACAGUCCGUAAGUCACUGGACGGCAUUUUUUUUCUGAGAAACAUCACUGGACGACGGCAAUUUUGUCGCACGUCUGACAGCCACGAAUGGCCCAAGAUAGCGAGACUGGUUUCGUACUGCAAAUGGCCCGCUGGCCGCCUGGCCCAACUUUUCGUCAGGCCAACUCCACCGCGUGACCCUAUUUUGUCCGUCCCCGUCCGUUUGGGAUAAAAGGGACAAACCGAGCGGUCCAGCGCGCGGGAGCAAACGGAUUUUUGUCUGUUUUGUGUCCGCUUUUGACCUAUCCUCGGCCCAAGUUUGCGCUGUUUUUGGGAUAAAACGGACACCACGCGGACGCGCCGGCCGUCUGCGCGUGUCCUCCCCUGGCCCGCCCGUCGGUGGCACAGGGCGGACCUUUUUCUAUCCGCCCCCUCCCUCCCUCCGGCCGCACCCCACUCCACUCUUCUCCACUCUUCCCCACUCUUUCCCUUGCCGCCGCCGCUGCCAUUGCAGCCAUGCAGCUCGGACGCGCGCUCGCCCAGCCCCUUCCCCUCGGCGCCGCCGAGCUACCCAACCACGGCCACCUGAUUUGCGCACCCGCUGGCCGGAUUUGGGGCGG